GUUGCGUGAAGCGUCGAUUUUUCCUUUGCAUUUGCCACGCGCGUGUGCUCGCUUUGCCAAAAAAUUUGUUUCUUGGCUUGUGGAAAAAAAAUGGGAAUUAAAAAACCAACGAGGUGCACGGCCGUUUCGUCGAAACAAAAGAAAAAGAAGCAAAUUCCAAAAUGCAAUAUGCAACAAAAGGUGGUGAAUGUGAAGCAGGAGAAAAGUGGUAAAGCACUGAUUAUUGCCCAGGAGAUCAAGUUUGCUAGGUUACUCGCCAGCAAAGACAAAAAGGUGCGCGAUAAAGUGCUUAAAAAUCUGAAAAAAUGGUUAACUGUUCGCGCUCAGAGUUCUUUCGCAUUUACAGAAGCGGAUUUUGUAAGAUUAUGGAAAGGUUUAUAUUAUUGCAUGUGGAUGUCGGAUAAACCAUUAGUUCAGGAAGAACUAGCGGAAUCAAUCAGCAAAAUUGUACAUUGCUUUUCAACAAUGAAAACUGCGCUACUUUACAUUAAAUGUACCUUUGAAAGUCUCUCUACCGAAUGGUUUGGUAUCGAUAGAUACAGAAUCGAUAAAUUCGAAAUGUUGUUGAGAAGGAUUAUUCGACAGACAUUUGAGAUGUGCAAGAAGCACGAGUGGAACAAGGACCUCAUCAUUGAAUUUGCAAAGAUAUUGCAAGAUUUCUUGGUUGCUACGAAAAAUUCCCUAGGUCUUAAGUUGCAAAUAGUUGAGGUGUUUAUGGAAGAACUCGCCAAAGUAAGUAAUGGAGUAAUUAGUGAAGAUAUAGUUACUGAAUUGGUGAGGCCUUUUGCUGUCUACUUAUCUAGCAUUGAUGAUGCUAGGCAAAUGAGGCACAUUGUCAAGAAUAUCUUUAGGUAUUUAAUAUUUCAAUCGAACGUUGGAAUGGAUUAUCUAGAAAAAUUCGAUGCCUGGAGAAAGGCAGGUUUCCCCUGUGGCGUAAUUGACGUAAUGAAAAAAGUCGAUUUAUCAGACAGUGAGGCAGAUUUAAAUAACAUUGGCCACAGUUCUGACGAAGAGGUUGCAGGUCCAUCUGACCAUCCUCUCGAUCCACGAGCAGGAAGAGUUGACGUGGAAAUUCCGCAAAUUACAUUUGAUCCACAACAAAUAACUAAUUUACUUCUCGAAUACAGGUUUCUUCCAUCGUCAACAACCAAAUCUCGUCGACAAAUAGUACGACUUGCAAAAGAAUUUACUCUUGUGGCGAGUGGAGAAAUGCCCAUUGGCGUCAAGGAAAUUCAGGUCUCACUGAAGAAGAAGAAUAACAAUAAGAAGGCAGCGUUGGAUCUUCUGAAAUUCGAAGAAGAAUUGUAUGCAGAUUCAAAUAAAUCGUUGCGAAAACGAAAACGCAAGAAUGACGAGGAAAUUUUUGCGGAAGAUGAAAGUGAAAAUAAUGAUGAAAAGUUGACAAUAGAAAAAGUUGUCAAAAGAAAAAGAAAGGUUGAAGAAUCCGAGGCGUCGAGUUCAAACCCAAAGUCGAAUAAUUUGAAGAAAAAGGCGAAAAUCACAAAUUUGGAGUCAAUCGUUAUGAAUGGAAAACUAAAGAAGAAGAAGCACAGAAAGAAAAGUAAGGAAUCGGAAUUCGGCACUUGUGGAGACUGGGACGUUUCCAUCGCCGAACCCAAUGAAUCUUUAAACUUUGAGGAACUACAAAAGAAGCAAAACAGCAUUGCUUUGACAGUUUUAACAGAGUCUUUGAAGAACUCUAAACUUCCUACUUUGAGGCCCGUUCUCACAAAACUCGAGGAUCAAAAUAGGAAAUUAGGCUGUUUUGACGUGAAAGCGAUGAAUUUCACACCAAAUAAGAAGAGAGUGAAAAUAAUGUUGCAGAAAAACACAGCGCAACAUACAUCGGAAUAUUUUCAACAGAUUCGACAAAGUCCCGCGAUUCCUUAUGACGCCAAUCGAAAACCUCGAUGUGGUGUUUUGAAACCAAGUCCUUUGCCAAGCCCGAUAAAUCCAUUUUACAACAAAAAUUGUCAUCGUUAAAUCAUUUUUUUGUGAGACAAGGGAAGAAAAGGCAAUUCAAGUGGUCAGUGAAAAAACAGUGACAUUUGAACAUCUAUUAUAUUUUUUAUCUUCCAUCUGUGACAAUGGUUAAUUUGUACAGAAAACUGGUUACAGAUGUACAUAUACAUAAUUUUUAUCGCAUUAAAUCCCGUUCUUUCACUUGAAUUUUAUUAGAAAUUCGACCAACAGAUUUGUCGACUUGUAAAUAUUUCAAAUAAAUGAAUUUCGCUUAUCUUCAUUAGACUACCAAAAACAAA